GCCGAGGAGGAGAGGAUCCUGAGGGCUGAUGGCGCUGCUGCCGAAGGCGAUGCCCGUCAAGCCGCCCAUGUUCCCCGUCCUCACGGGGAUGGUCUAGGAGCCGCCGCCGGGGUACUGGGGGGAGCCGCAGGCGCCGCAGGUGUGGUGUGGGACCAUGCCGCAGGUGACGCUGACGGAGGAGGAAGUGUCCAGGCAGGAGGAGGUGCGCGAACUGGGCGCGCGCCACCACAGCUUCCAGCGGGCGCAGCCGAUGGGGGAGGAUAUGAUGAUGAAGGACGGCGGGAAGGCUUCGACGGAGACGGAGGGGCUGCCGACCGUGGACAGGAGACGAUCGCGACCGCAGAGGCGUCCGAGGACAGUUUCGAUAAGUUCGGAGAUCAGCAAGCACCACAAAAAGAACCAGAAGGACAAGAAGGACAGUAAGUCCAAUAUUAACAAGGAGAAGAAGGAAGCCACCUUCGCGGUUUACAUCGGCACCGUGGGCGAGGUAACAGGUGACAGCUGCGACCUAAGCGAGGUGAAGAAGGUGAGGUUAUUGCCCAGUCUUGUGGAUGAGCGUGGCCAUGUGUGCGGCGCGGAGUUCUGCAGCCUCGGCGAGGACAGCGACGCAGACGAGAACAUCGCGGCCAACAUCGAGCACUCUUGCGCGUCGCUCGAGGAGGCUGCGCCUGCAGUUCUGACGGCCAAGAAGUGGGGUGAGCUCCAGAUAAGCGACGUGGUCAUGAUCAAGGGCCACCCAUGCAAGGUGAUCAACAUUACGGCAGCGAAGAAGGGCAAUAACGGCCUCGGCAAGCUGAAGAUUGAGGGGUCGGACAUCCGCGCGUCGCUGCAAUGCGAGGACGUCAAGCAGCAGCGGGCAUGCGUGGAGCACAGCGCGCUCGACAGCGAGAUGCUGAUGGCGCAGCUCGGCGAGCGCGCAGCGCAGCUCCAGAAGCAUGGCCUGCUGGGCGACGGCGCGUUCGAGACGGUCCGCAGCUUCGCGAAGCAGGCCGUCAAGAAGGAGGAUGAGAGCGAGGCUCAACCUGGAGGUUUCUUGGUCGACCCGCAACCGCAGGCGGUGAAGCAGGUGUCGAAGAUGGAGGAUCAG